AGUUAUACAUAUAGUUGAACAAUUAUUAUUAUAUGCAUAGCCAUCGCACACUUUUCCUUCUGCGGGGUGUAAGAAAAUGCCAAUUUUUUUCUUUUUGACCGGAACAACUGGCAGCUGCAGGACGACGACAAAUUCCAGUGCGACUGACGUAUCGACGCCGACGCAUAAUUGUGCCUAGGCAGUUGCAGACCAUGCACAACAAAUACUCGGGGCUUCUUCUACACCAGCUUCGCCGAGCUGCAGCAGUGCCGUGUUGAGCUGCCUGCCUGUAUGUUGUGUUACUAGCCAGUCGUAAAUCGGGCAGAAACAGGGCCAGCAGAGCAAGGAGCAUGCCCCGAAGCCGACGACAGCGCGGAAAAAAGUCCUCUCCCACGCUUGUUUCGCCUGAUGGUGAGAGAGAAAAGCGAGAUGCAGAUGCGGAGACGGAGAGCUUGUUGCCGGGGUUGGUGGCGGACCAGAGGAGAUCGCCUUUUGCAUUAGACGAGAAUCGUGAAGAAUCUUGUAUUAAGGGUCUGGGAAAUGAUGAUGGUCGUGAUCCAACAUCUUAAUUAGAGUCAUCUUUUGGGUCUCUUUUCAUCCUUCUUAUUUUAUUCAUCAUCUGGUUCCCUUCUCCUUCUUGUGGAAAGAGAAAAACCACAUGGAUUCCUGGGAUGGAUUUAUUCCUACGCAGCCACUAAUUCUACAAGUGCUUGCGCGAAGAUAUCUUUCGGCGUUGCGGUUGUUUCUGGCGUGAUUCUCGUAAGGCUGAUCCUACUUGGGCAGUCGGAUGGCCGCGACAGUUUUUUUGAGUUGUUCUACUCGAACGACACAGUUAGGAUGGAGGAAAUCCAAGUUUUUGUUUCUUUAAUCCCAGAGAACGAUUAUAAAAUAUAUUGUAGUUAUGACACUUUGUCUGAAGAAAGGAAAUUGUUAAAAUGUUUGACAAGAUCAAAGUCAUCCGUUUCGAUCUGAACUCUCUAAAAAUGCCGACAUAGGGUGGGGAAUUUUGGAAAGCGUCAAACUUCUUGCGGCGUAUGCUGGCAACGUGACUGCUUCAUGGAUAGUCCCAUGGUGCACAAAUGACGCAGGCUGCGGCUUUCAGGUCGCUUCAAUAUAUGGCACGAGAAAUUUUAUAUUAAUUCAAUUUCCACAAAGAGGAAGGACAGUAAGUGAUGGGUCUUCAUUCAGGUUAGCUUUAUAAUUAUAAGCAACUACAAAGAAAAAACAGAUCUGGCAGUAAUUAGGUAACGACUUUCUCCUUUUCUCUAAGGUGUGCUGCAAAUCUAGACUGGCUUCUUCCUUUUCAUAAGGUUGGGGCUUAGGUCCGGCGGCGCUCAAAGCACUACAUAUAUAAAGCAGCCGGUUAGUUUUUCCCCCUAGAGUCCUAGCCCUUCCAGCAAUAUACUAAUAGCAGAGUAGUUUAUAGCACGCAUGGCGCAUGGAGUAGCAUGGAGUGCAUGGAGCGCAGAGCUUUAAGGGGCGCAAGAAGCUCCCCCCUUAGCUCCAUGCUACUCCAUGCGAUCCAUGCACUCCAUGCCGUGCGAGCUGUGAAACCUUAUAAGUUUCUCUGUAAUAGAAAGGGCGUCAUCGGUUUGAUAGAAGAAGAUGAAGAAGUGCUAGCACUAGAAGAACAAGCUGAAGCUUUGGCUUUUUAGUAAUAAAGAGCACUAGCUUCCACAAGCUUCGCCCGGCUUCAAGUUAGUUUAGCACUUUGCUGCGGCCUCCCACGGGCUGCAGCCGCUAGAGUAGAGACAGCCCGCGGGUGAGCUGUUGCACCCUACGAAUUGACUACGACAAGAGCCGAGUGCCGGCGGUGGCCGACUCAGAUGCGUCGGCUCAUGUGCAUGGCAUUGCGCUGCCUUCGGUUUUUUUAUGAGAUUGCCGAGGGGGUCGCGCAAAUUCAUAAGAAUUUGCAAAACCCCCACGGCAGUCCAACAAAAAAAACAGAAGAGAGCCACCAGACGCGCGCAAGUCUUUUCAAGAAUCCGCAAGCCCCAACGCACGCAAGCGCCUCGCGGUGGCGCCAGGCAAGAACGAGGGGCGAUCUCAACGGGCCAAACAAGACAAAGCAACGCGGGGCUGCGCUGCUUGGGUCUCUCUACGCGCUUACACCUGGCGGCGCCGGGGCUUCUUUGUUUCGUCAGAUGUCUCUCGUCAGAAACAGACGGGCGCACUUCGCGGGGGCGUGAGGCGUCGCGCUUCGGAAUGUGGCUGAUGCCUCUCGGCUGGCUGACGUCUUUCGCCAGGAUGGAGACUGAGGCACUCCAUCAGACUGAUGCCGUUCGUCAGACCAACGCCCUGCGCCAGGCUGGCGGCCUUCGCCGGGCAGGCCGGUGCCUUUCGGCAGACGUCUUGGGCCAGGCUGAGGCUUUUCGUCAGGGUCGGGCGACGUCUCUCGUCAGGCUGAAGUCUUUCGUCAAACUGAAGCGCUUCGCUUGGUCGACAUUCUUCGCCGGGCCAAGACUCCUCACGCCUUUGGGCAGGUUGAUGGCUCGCUUCAGCUUGACGCCGUUCGUCAGGUUGAUGCACUGACCAGCCAGGUGACGCCUCUCGCCAGACCGGCGCACUGCUUCGCCAGGGCCAGGCGUCUGCCUUACCUGCGUCGGAACAGGCUGGUCGGGGCUGUUCUUCGGGCUGCGGGCGUCUUUCCUUCGUGAGAUUGAUCUUGUUCUUUCGUCGGACUGACGUUUUUCGCCAGACUGACGGCGUUCGUUGGACUGGCGUCCUUUGUCAAAGGUCUUCGCUAUCGUCAAGGUCAGGUCUGGCGUCAGUUUUUCUGGCGGAGGUCGUUCGUCAGAUGUCUGCCGUCGCGGGUCUCUUGUCUUGUCGGAGGUCUUUGGUCCAGCGCUCUUUGGUCCACAGGUCGCCUGUGGUCCAACGGUCGCAUUUGGUCCAAACCCAAAGGUCGCGGCUGGUCCAAUGGUCGUUUUUGGUCGAAAGGUCCUCUGUGGUCUAGCGGUCGCCUUUGGUCCAGCGGUCGCCUUUGGUCUAAAGGUCGCCCGACUUCGGUCCAAAGGUCGUCUGACUUUGGUCCAAAGCAAGGUCGCCUUACUUUGGUCCAAGGGUCGCCUUACUUUGGUACAGAGGUCGCCUUACUUUGGUCCAGAGGUCGCCUGACUUUGGUCCAGCGGUCGCCUUACUUUGUUCUUACUUUGGUGCAGAGGUCGCCUGUGGUCCAAAGGUCGCCAUUCGAAAGGUCGCCUGUGGUCCAAAGGUCGUCUGUGGUCUUAAGGUCGUCGGUGGUCCAGCGGUCGCCUUUCUUUGGUCCAGAGGUCGCCUGUGGUCCUGCGGUCGUCUUUGGUCCAGCGGUCGCCCUUGGUCCAAAGAUCGUCUUUGGUCCCAAGAUCGUCUCUGGUCCAUGUGUCUCUUGUCCAAGGUCUUUGCGCUUUCGGUGGGAGGUCUUUCGGCGGCUGUUUCAUUCUCUUUGGAUGGACUUCUCUCUCCAGCUUGCGCCCCUACCCCCGUCGGGCAUUUUUCUGGAUUCUUUUCAUUCUGGUAGUUUGAGAGUGAGGGGAAAGGGCAGGAGGCUACGGGCAAUAGCCUAAUCGCCGGCGGGGUAGGCGGGGAGUUUUGUGGCGGUGAUUAAAUAUAGCUUAAUUAUAUAGAGGAAGAACAUAGAUGAAGAGCAUAGAUGAUAAAGAACAUAGAUGAUGAAGAACAUAGAUGAGCAUAGAUGAUGAAGAACAUAGACGAAGAAUAUAGAUGAAGAACAUAGAUGAACAUAGAUGAUGAAGAACAUAGAUGAUGAAGAACAUACACAUAGAUGAUGAAGAACAUAGACGAAGAACAUAGAUGAAGAAUAUAGAUUAAGAACAUCGAUCUUUUUCGUGUUAUGUUUAGUUUUUUACCUAUCAACUUAUAUAUAUUAUAAUAAUUUCCUUUCUUUGUUUCCCCAGCACCAGUUGCAUCCCUAUACUUCGCCCAUAAUUAACAUGAAUCGCCUUCGACGUUGAAUUAGUCACCUUUGAUCUACGAAUACAGAACUCAGUGUGAAAUUUCGCUUAUUACCUUCGUCGAGAACAAGCCCCAUGAAAAUGUAGAGAGCUCGGUCUACUCAUCUAAAAAUGAUAUUUCUUCAUUGGGACCAUUGAGCAGCCAGGACGAAACUUCACCACCUACAGUGGGGAUUAUGCUCCUUCAUUGGUCGGAGAAAAUAGUGCGAACGAUGUCUCGCCGAAAAGAAGGCGGCUGCGUGGAGUGUCAUUUCUACGAGACGCUGUCAGUGAGGACGCCACGACCUCUGUGGCCACAGUAUUAAGGGCAGGCUUAGUUGUUCCUGUUGCCGUUUGUUUUCACUCUUCUGCUAAGGGGAAAGACGACAACACGCGGGAAACAGAAACACCAAGGAGGCCCGACCUCUAACAGUGGAGAACCUUCGUCCGGAUGAAGAACGGCAUCGUCCUACGAAGCGCCUUCAUGGUGGAAGAAAGUCAGUCUUUUUAUGAUAUCACACCUACAUCUGACGGUCUUGAGGUGGCUCAUUCUGUUGAGGUGAGAUAAUUCUGUUGAGAACAACAUGACCCCAACGGAGGGAUGACUGAACACGAACAACUUCUGCUGCUAAUCAUGAUCGUGUGCUGACUGACAUGAUAGUGUGACUGACAGAAGUACUUCUAGAAUGUUACAACUAACAACUAUCUUCUACUGGAAGCGGAUCCAGAAGCAAGAAUGUCUAAGCAUUUUUGCCGGGCGAAGAGAGCGCGGUCAGCAUCGGAAGCGUCAGGAUGCUAAAGAUAGGAAUGUGAAGGCUCCUGAUUUAAAAUACCUGUAUCAUCACUGGAAAUUAUUGCUAGGUGAACGUGAACCUUGUUGCUCGUUUUCAUGCACUGUUGGUUCUCACGACUGCUUCGGUGAAUCUUUGUGCCAGAAUCCUGAUUAAAAUCCGUAAUAUCCGUUUACCUAGGUUUUUCCUGGGACUUGCUUGAAGAAGGGUUCCGCGUAGCACCUCAGGGGGAUCAGGAUCCCCUGCCUGAACAUAAUGCUUACACUGCGAGCUCCAUACUCAAGAAUGCAAAUACUGUACUAGGUCAGGAGGACUACGACCAUUCUAGAUAUUUGACUAUCAAUUUAGAACAUGCAGAUGAGAUACCAUAUGCAUAUAUUAGUAUGUAGGUCUUCAACGUGAAAGUAGACAAGCGCUAACGAUAGGACAUUUGUGGAGCUGGGCAGGAUGUCUUCAUCAGAGAUGAAAAAGCCAAAACGGGGCAAAAGCAAGAGGAAACGGGAGAGGCAGUUGGUGGAACAGAGGAAGCAGAAUAUACACAGCUUAGAUUAAGACUUCCCCGGAAAUCCAUCUACAGAAGCAUCUCGUAAGGGCGAAGCCAUCUUCUCGUAAAGGGGAAACGGGCCAAAAUAUGUAACUUAAAUAAAUGAUGGAUCAUUUCCGGAGCGUCUUCUAAUUAGAGACCGAAAAUGUUAUGACGACUACUAGCCGAUUGGGGUGGUCUCGAUUCACCUGGUUCCCUAUAUUUGUUAUAUCAAAGUAGUGAAGAGCUUUAAAUUUCGUUUUCUUUGCGCAGCCUGUGCUGUUGGCUAACAUGAUUUCGGAUUUCCACGAUAGAUACGUCUUCCUUCUCAUAUGCGCGUCAGUAUAAUCCAGUUACAUAUGGAUUAGAGCGAAGAGAAGGAGGACGAUCUGAAUUUGUUCUUGAUAAGUAGAUAAUUUGUUUAGCUGACAAGCAAGUAAUUUUCAGCAGAAGCAAGUACGACCUUUUGUCUAUUUAUUAAUAUACCUUUGCUUUCUGCUCCUAGGUGUUACUGAUAGCUUUUGGUCGGGUUUUCAUCGAGGAUAGAAAAGAAGAAAAACGCAAGAUCAUUAUGAUUAUCACCACAACUCUGAUGCGGCAUGACACUCUUCUAAACCGAAGCGGCUGCGCACAGAAAUAGCCCAAAUGAAGGAACUGGAGGAGUUGCGUCUCGAAGCGAACGCGAAGGAAAGGUUAAGACUACACGUGAUAAUCAUAAUUCACGUCGGUAGAGGCCCUGUAGUUAAAUGCUGUGGGUACCAGAAAAAUUGAACUAGAAUUAUAUUAUAUAGUUAGAAGAAGAUUUACUCGAUACGAAGAAGGACGACCACAACGUUUUCUCGUCAUUAUCUCUUUAGAGCACAUUAUAGUCAUAGCAAGAAGGAAUUUACUGCGUGGCCUCUUAGUUCGACACAAAUAGCUUGUGCUGGCGUCUUACCGGUUUUUCGUCCACUCUUUAAAUGUCUCAGGCGUGUAGACAGUAGGACACCCAAGAAAAAGGCGACUAUAGCAGGGGCACAGACAUGACACUUGAAGCGUUCUGUCUAACCUGAGAGGAGAUCGCGGAUAUCGAAAAACGCGAAAAAUUACAGGAAGAGGAGCAGGCGGGAGAUGCGUUAUGCUCUACUUAUUAAUUUGAUUGCUUUUGAUUUGGAUAUCGAUUGCUCCCCCUUAUCUGUCGAUCGUUCUCCCGUACCUGCUUAAAGAAAGAUGAAUCUAGUUCACCCGGGAAGAUGCUAGUAGAACUAUUUGGGGUAUUUUGAUUUUGAUGAGGAAGAUGAUCAUCGAGUUUUUGUUCCAUUUGAAUAAAGAUAGUUGAAUAAAUUUAUCUGAUCUUUAUCUAGUAGUACGCUUACCACGUCUCUAAAAUAGCUCAAUAGAUGGCAGAUCACACAGCAGGGACGGGAACACCAAGUGUCGGAGCUUAAAAAGGAGCUCAAUGAGCUCGAGGCUGCGACAUCCAAGGAUGACCGCAACAAGGAGUUCAACAUGGAGAUGGAGAAGUUAAGACUAUCCUUUUAUUCUUUUUUAAAAGUUUCGCUCUCGUUGUACUAGCGCUAGCCGUGCCAUUUGCUUGCAGAGAUAGAGAGGAGGUGUGAGCUCAGUAAGACCUGCAACGCAAUGACGACGCUCUCGACAUUGCCUGCCUCGUGUAUCUUCUCAGGGAUGGCGCAUUCACUAUGGCUGUAAAUUUUCGCUUGGUUCUUUGUAAAACAUGCUAGCCCCCUGGUGUGGUUCCCCAGGGGAAGGAUACGAUGGGAACCAGAGGCACUUGCUAGACAAAACACACACACGGACAUGCUUGAACAGGCGCCACAAUAAACUGGGAAAAAGCUUGAGAAGUGUCAGCCUUGGCGGGGCGACAUUGGGCGCGUUGCCGCGGGGCGGCGAGCCUUAUGAGUGCGCGCCGCUUGCCUCCGGGGGAUAUUUGGUUUUGGACGUACGGCAGGGGUGGAAGCGCCUGCGGGCCCCUCUUCAAGCGGAAGGCGCAAGCAGGCACAUGCUACGCCUUGGGAAUUUGUUCGCUGGGGUCUGAGGCAUUCAGCGGCCAGGGCCACGUCGGUCUGCGGGGGUUCAGAGGUGUAGGGCGUUGCCCGUGGGGCGUGGCGCUGCAAGCAGGCGACGCGACUGCACGCAAGCUGGCGGCGCGACUGCAUGAGGCCGCCGCCUCGCACUAUCGGGCAGCGCGGGCCAAGGGCUUGGGUGAGAGGAGAGCGCGGCGCCAAAGCGGACGCCUGAAGUUAAGCCUAAGCACUCACGGCCUAACUGCGCGGGCCCAGGGCUGGGGGGAGAGGAGGCCGGGGCUUCAAAGUAUUGGGACGCUUUAGACUUCAAAGCUCACGCUUUGACUUUCUUUCAGAGUUCGCGCCUUGUAAACUUUCAAAGUUCGCGGCUUAGCUUUCAGAAUUUAUCUCCUAACCUUCAAAGCCCACGCCUUAUCUUCCAAAACUGAUUCAUGCCUUAACUUUCGAAGUUCAGUCAUUCUUUGACUUUCAAAAUUCAUGGCUUGGCUCAAACUUUCAAAGUGCACUCCUUAGCCCUCGCAAUUCAUGGCUCGACUUUCAAAGUUCACGCCUUAACUUGCAAAGUUCACGCUUUAACUUUCAGCAUUCGCGUCGUUUUAACUUUCAAAGUUCGCGCCUUAACUUUCAGAAUUCACGCCCUAACUUUCAGCCUUCACCCAUGUCUGAACUUUCAAAGUUUAUGCCCUAACUUUCAAAAUUGACGCACGCCCUAGCUUUCAGGAGUCACGCCUUAACUCUCAAAAUUCACACCCUAACUUUGGAAAUUCAGUCACGCCUUAGCCAACUUAUCCAUCGCAAAGUUCACGAGUAUAGCGAGAUGUAUGCUGCGCGGUUUUGCGGUGUUGUCUCUGCGUGCCUUGGUCUUCAAGAUUCAAGACCAUGCCGCAAAAUCAAACCUCAAGAAAACCAAAACGCAAAACCCAAAAUCAAAACUCAAAAGCAGAACUCAAAACCAAGACCCAAAACCGAAACUCAAAACUUACUCGAAAUAACGAAAUAAAAGUCCCGGUCCUAAAUAAGCCGAGCGCGCAAGCUUUUUAUGCGGGAUUUGCUUUUCUCAUGGCUCCUGAAGCUACGCCCUCGCCAAUCAGGGGGCACCCGGGCGAGCCUGCCGCGCAUCUUUUCCGACCGCUUUGCAACGAAAAUAGCCUACAAGGCUGCCCGGCUGUUCGGGGGUGGGCUCCCGCCGUCGGGUUUGUUCGCGUGUUCGUUUCUCGCCGGUGCAGGCUGUUGGCCAGGAUGCCUGCAGCUUGUGCACAGGCACGCGAGUGGUGGCACAAUGCCGCAGACCGGUCCCCGCUCUCAGGGGCUUAUCCUUAUUGGCAGGCCUGUUUUUCUGGGCAUCUGCAAACAUGCGGCGCCGAGUCCCUCGGGGGAGGUUGUGCUUGCGCCGCCUUCCGUGUUCAUCUUCCUUGCCGGGGGGUAGCUUUCUCAGCCACGCGCGUGCCAGUAUUGGCGGGCGUCUUUUCCUCGCCGAAUGAAAGCGCUGGGAUGGGGUUGGCAGCUUCUACUUCUAGCUGGCUCCUGCGCUCUGUUGUUGUUUCGCCUUUCUCCUUAUCUUUGCCCCAGGCUUUCGGGGGUGGGAGGGUGGGGGAUCCCCUUGCUUACACGCGCCACCCGCUGCAACUGCAUAAGCCACCGGCCAAGUAAGGCGCUGGCUUGUGGUGUUAUCUACCUCUAGGGGACUGGCCUCGGGGGUUUGUCUUUGUGGCUGCUUGACGUUUCGAGGGAGUGUCGCCCAAUCCACUGCUACGGCCCGCCCACGAUGUGCACUGCCUUUGCUUGUCUUCGUGGUCCGCUUCCUUGGGGGUUUUCUCCGAUGAUGAAGGGGAGCGGCCCAUCCACCGCUCGCAGAUACCCGCGGCGCGGUGGCUCUCUUCUUUGUUGUUUCUUUGUGUUUGCUUUUGCUGGUCAGCUCUGCUCCUAGGCUGGCUGUGAGUGUGGUCUCCCUGAGUCAUGGGAGCAUGGGCGGCCACGCGCUUCACCUUGGUCACGUGUUGUGUUUAUUGUCUUCAGGCUCGGGGGAGCAGCGCGGCUUCGCCUUCGUGUGUGUCGUCGGGGGACAGGGUGCUUCGCUUAGUGCCUGGGCGUGUUUCGAUCGUUUGUCUCCUUCGCGCAUUGCUUCGGGGGGCUGCCAGCGUGGUGCUGCUUGGUCUUCUUUUAUCUUCGUUCUUGGUGGUGGCGUGGGCGAGGUGGGUCGUUGUGCCAGUGCCAGCGCUUCGCCCUUAUUGGUACCAAGGGAGCUGCCAGCUUGUUGGGCUGUGGCCUGGUGUGCUGCGUGUGUGCUCUUUUGAGAGGCUGACGCUCGGGCAGGGUGGCUUGUGUAUAAUUGUUUGGCUUUGGGCGGAUGUUUUUGCGGCGUGCCAACAGCUUGGGGCAGCUGUUUUUCGGGGGUUGGGGGGUGGUUUUUCGGCUUGGGGUGUUGUUCGGCGGGUGGUAAGCCACGUUACUGCUAAAGUUAGCUGGGCUGGCUUGGCUGUUGUCGCAGUCCCAUCGCCUGAGCAUCAGGGGAGAUGGAUGCCCCGCGGGGUGUCUGCUUCGGGGACUUUCCCCGGGGGGUGUAGGGGGUGUCGCUUAUAGAAGUGCCCGGAGGCAUGUCUGGUGGGCUUUUUCGGGGGCGUGUGGGUUACGCUGCAGGGGCGCAGGACCAUCUAGUUGGUGCUCGCCGCGCCUUGUGAUGGUUCUCUUUUCCAAGGGUUGCGGCUGUUCGUUCUUGGGGAUUUCAGAAGCCGGGUCGGGCCCGUCUGGCUUAAUCCCGUUGGACGCGCGUCCAACGGGAUUAAGAACGGCCGUUUCUUAAUCCCGCGCACUUUUUAAGGGCAGGAUUAUGAUCUGGCGUUUCUUAAUCCUGUUGGACGCGCGUCCAACGGGAUUAAGCCGGACGGGCCCGACCCGGCUUUUGAAAUCCCGAACAGAGGGCGCCCUCGCACGUCUGGGGCCUUCGCAGGUUGUGGGGGUAUUCGGUCUACUCUGUGCGUUUCUGCGGGGGUUUUCGUUUUUCCAAGUGUGGUCAAUUAUCGAGGCCGGGGGGGCAUUGCUCAUCUUGUUCUUCUGCAUUGCCUCGCCCGCGCCCUGGUCGUCGUUCGUGGCUUGUGCCUUGUCAGAGGUGGGGGAGAUAAGUGGAGAAGCAAGCGGGGGCGGCCGCUUGGCGUCGCCAGUGAAGGGUGUCGUGUGCGUAUACUAGCAGGAAGGGUGGUGGGUGGCAUUCGCUUGCUUUGGUUUGUCUUGCUCUUGGUGUGGUCAGUCGUGUGUCGUAAGCGUGCUCGCUGGGGUCUUAGGGUUUGUCGCAGGCGUUCGUUUGGUAGACUUUUUCUUUGGAUCGCAUGGCAAACCGCCCAGGGAUUGUCUGUCUGUGGUUGGUUGUUGGUGACCAGAAGCCGAUCAGGUGCCCCCACGCGAAGGCUGGCCAAGCCAGGUGGGCUAACUGGGAAGCGGGGCCUCUUCGUGGAAACAAAUGCAAAGCCUCAAACGCCGGGCAAAGGCGUGCCCAACCACCACGCAUGACGCCACUCGGCGGCGCUUGUUCUUGGAUGGGGUGGCGACUCGCGUGGGCGUGGUUCUUUCUUCAGGGCUGUCGUGGAUCUCUUAGAUGUGAACGAAGACAGCUGCCGUUGUUUCUUUGUGUGUAUGUCUUACUUUGCUUGUUGGUUGCCUGCGGUCUCGCGCCUGGGCGUGUAUCUGGCUGCCGCCUGCCAUUUCUUUUGGAUGGAUGCUCUGCUCGUGUGUCUUUGUGGUUGUGUGUGAGUGCUGUCUGUGUCCACGGGCGGCCGCAGCGUGGUGCGUAUGCUCGGUGCCCCGUUUGUGAUGGGCGUGCCAGCCCAAGUGACAGAUCGAGGGAGGCACACGCCGGACUGCAGUGUCUGUCUCGCAAUAUGGGCCUGCUGGUGCAGGCUCGGGCCCGUUGCGUAGGCGUCAGCCGGUGCCCGUGGGCAAAGAGCUCCGGGCCACCGGCACGGCGCCGUGGCCAGGUACGUGAACUGAAGCGAGGGGGGCGGCGUCGUCUCUUACAAGGCUCAAAACAGGCGUCCGGCGUUGGCUUAUGACUGCGCGCGCGACUGCGACGCGUGUUUGGGUUUCAGAUUGUUAGCUGGUCGCCUGGGCUGCGUGGUGUCUUAUUCAUUGUGUUCCCCAAGCCCUCACCCUCCGCCCCUCGCCUCGUGUGCUGCGGUGUUUCUUUGUUUUGGCUUGGCGCUCCGGUUCUUUUCUGGCGGGCUGCCUCUCGGUGCGCUUUUGAGGGGGGUGGGAAGUGGUGCGCCUGACUCAGGCAGUGGCUGGCUUGGGUGAGAGGGUCUUCUUGGUGCUGCGGGGUUGGCAGGGAGGGCGCCGGGGUCUCUGGCUGGUGUCUGUCAUGUUAUGUGUCUUCAGCGGCUGUGGCAGGUCGUGCUGGGCUCGUCAGUCGGGCUCUGGGUGUCCUCGUUUCGCUGUCUUGGCGGCUUGAGUAUGGCUAUUUCAGUCCGCGGGGAAAAUGCUCUGCAUCCAUCGCGCAUAUGUGUUUCUCUUUUUGCCCUCUGUUCUGCGUGCUGGGCGGGCAGGCCUCCCCCGCUGCUUGUGUCUCUUAUGUGUCUGCAUUAUAGAGGGAUGGCCCCACUGCCACUGCGACCAUGCGCGUGCGCUUGGCUUAUUUGCUUAUUUCGGACUGGGAUGAUUAUUCCGUUAUUACGAGUAGGCGCUAAGCCAAGAGCCCAAGUUAAUAGAUCAAAACCAAGGCAAAACUUGACAAGUAAAGAGAUUAGCACUCAUAGGGCAGACGACUUUCUUCAAAUCCUUAAGAGUCUGCCUUAAGUGCUUUCCCUCAGGAGAUUGAUUACCUUAAACAAAGAUUCUCUAUUACCAAAGAAAAGCUAGCACAACUUACUUCCCCUAAGGCGAAAAAAUCUUCUUCAGGGGGCUCCUUAAGGAGAAGCUGCGACGAGCAUAAGCUUAGGCUAAUAAUAGACCCUCCCUUAGUUUUUAAGGGCCGCCGCCACCUCGCAAGGGCUUUAGCUUGCUAGCACUAGCUUAAUAGCCAUGGCCAGCUUGCUAGCUGCUUAGCCUUGCCUAGCUAGCUGGCUUACCCAUUACCCGUAGCUGCCUGUCUAGGUUAGCCGUCGCUAGCUCGCUAGUUGCUAAGCUAUAGUUAGCCCGCUAGCUGCCUAGCCAUAGCUAGCUAGCUAGCAAGGUAGCAGCUUGGCCAUAGCUAUCUAGCUAGCUGCUUAGCCAUAGCUAGCUUGCUGGUUGCUUAGGCUUAGCUAGCUUGUUAGCCUUAGCUGCUGCGCCAUAGCUAGCGAGCUUACUAGGUAGCUGCUCGGCUUCAUUUAGCUAGCAAGCUAGCUACUUCGUCACGAUUGGGAGCUAGGUUCCUAGCUGCUUGGCCAUCGCUAGCCUGCUCCUAGCUGCUUAGCCAUGGCUAGCUUGGUAGCUGCUACUUCCUUUGUGUGACCUAGCUCAGCAGCCACUUCCUCAGCCAUAUCCAGGCCAGCUUGGUGGCGAGCUCGGCCAUGGCCACCUUGCUAGCUUAGCUUGGCAGUAGCAGCCAGAGGCAGCCUCUUAAGCUAGCCGAAUCUUGGCCAGCUUGCUAGCCCCGCCAUAUCUAGCUUGCUAGCUUUGCUUUUGCGUUUGCCGUGGCCUCGCCAGCUCGCUAGCAGCUUAGCCACAGCUUGGUGCGUAGCUUGUUUCUGUAGCCACAAGACAGCGGCAGCCAGCCCGCCAUGAGAUGAGGGGCGUCCACGAUAGUCCACCCUGAAGCUGAACCAGCCGCGCGUCGCUAGUUUGGUUCUCGGGGCAUGCGUCGUAGUCUUAUAGAAUAUAUUUGCGGCCCACGUGCCCCCGGCGUGUACACACGCCGGGGCUGGGAGCUUGCAUGUGUUACAUAAACAAAAACACUGGCAGCACCUCGAGGCGGAUGAAAUGGCUCAAGUGACUGAAAUGCAGCAAAUGGCCAAAAAAGGAGACUCUUUGUCAGACAGAGGGCUGAGCCUAACCUAUGCGGGUAAAGCGUCGCGACCGAGGCAGUCAGAUCUUUUACCAAGAACCAAACUGCUGCCCGCUUUAUAAGGUUGCUAUUAGCUUUCUUACUUACUUUCGAUCUGCUUGCGGCGUCUUGGUUGUCUGUGAGCUGGCUCAGGUCUGCGCACUUUUGACCUGCUUGGAGGGUUUUCCGCUUAUUUGCGGCGGCUUUUUUUAGGUUUCUUGUUCCUCUCCACGACAUCGUGCAGCAUUUUGGUGCUCUUGCUUACUUUUCAGCUGGUGCUUCGCAGGUGCUUUGCUAUCUGUGAGCUGAGUCUGGUCUCUUAAUAUCCAAAAAGCGCAACGGCAUCAGACUGCUGCUGACUUUGACUGGCUUGAGAAAACCCAUCCGCGAGCAGCCUCAGGCUCGCAACUUCUAGCCAAACAGGGCAGCCGCAUGAGGUUGCUGCCCCCUCAUUUUUGAGCAGCUUGGAACGCCGUACACUUUGGCCCAGCUCCCGCAGGUCUCCGGUCCAAAUCGUUCAGCUUUAUCGGGUUCUUGUCUACUUCUGGCUCUGUGUCUGACUUGCUUGGAAGGUCUCACCUCUUGACCCAGCUCAGGCCCCCGGCUUAAACUGACGGCACCGCCUUACUGGGUUGCAGUUUGCUUCUGACUUCCUUGGAAGGCUUUGCUUUUCCUUUUGAGCUGUCUCUGGUCUUCCUUGCUUCUAGCUCUAUCCAACUGGCGCAGCUUAACUUUCAGAGAAUGUGGCGCACAUUUCACCUACUUGAGAGGUGCCGUCCGUGAGCUGAUUCAGGUCCCCCAUCCAAAAGGCGCACUUCAUCUCAUGACGCUGCUGCUUCCUUUUGAGUUUGAAUUGCUUGGAAGGUCCCACUUUUUGGCCCAACUCUCUCAGAUCUUCCAGCCAAGUCGCGGAGCUUUUUGGUUUUGGGCUUGCUGCUUUCUUUUGACUUGCUUGGAGCUGGGCGGCCUUACCUUCUGAGCUGUCUCAGGUCUUCUGCCAAAAUUCAUGGCGUAACUGUGUGAGAAUGCUGCAGGCUUUUCACCUGCUUGGGUGGUCUUAUCUGUGAACUGACUCAGGCGGCUUAGCUUAUCCAAAGCGCGCAUCUUUAUGAGGUUCGUUGCAGUCUGCGGCGGAUUUGCUUGGAAAGCCUUGCCUUUGACUCAGCUCAGGCACCCGAUCCAAAGCGCGCAGCUUUAUCCUGUGCGACUGCUGUCAUCUACUUUGUUUUGGCCUCCUUGGAAGGUCUUACCCUUUGAGCUGUCUCGGGUCUUCUAUCUAAAUGGCGCGGCUUUAUCCGUAGGCGAAUGCUGUGCACUUUUCAGCUGCUUGAGAGAUCCCAUCCGGGAGCUGGCUCGGAUCGUUAUCCAAAGGGCGCAGCUUUAUGAAGCUGCUGCUUACUCUUGGCUUGCUUGGAAGGUCUUCGCCCUUUCUUUGGCCCAGCUCUCUCAGACCUUCCACCUCCCCAAGCCGCGGAGCUUACUUUCUGAGAUUGCUGGCCACUUUUGGUUUUGACCUGCUUGGAGGGCUUUGCCUUUUGAGCUGUCUCCGACAGGUCUUUGUCGAAAUUCAUGGCGCACCUUCAUGCGAAGGCUGUCGGCUUUUCACGAGCUUGGGCGGCCCCAUCUGUGACCUGACUCAAGUCGCAUAUCCAAAGUGCGCAGCUUCAUGCGGUUGCUGCUUACGUAUGUUUGGCUUGCUUGGAAGGUCUUGCCUUUUGGCCUUACAACUCUCGCAGGCCUCCCACCCAGAUCGCGGAACUUCAUGGGGCUCGUUGCUGCCUAUUUUUGGCCUGACUGAGAAGCUCUGCGCUCUGCGGGAGCUGUCUCAGAUCAAGAAAGCUGCGCAACCACGAAGAAACCCACCACCGCCGGCUUCUCUUGAGCAAAAGAACUUGCUUCAAAUGACCAAAAAAAGUCGCCAGCUUUGGAGAUGCAUCAGGUCGCAACUUAUGCGGUAUCGGUAUAAGAGUAGCACGACGUGAGUAGUCAGGCCUUUCCCAUUCAUUCGCGCACAGCGUAGCCCACAACCUUGGCAAGAAUUUGCGACAAAAAACGCAGGGGAUUGACUGCAGUGCAAGAACGCGACGCGCCUGGCUUCUCGUCUUUUGUGCGUGCGGCGUAGUUUGUCAUAUGUUCAGAGUUUCGGGCCUUGCUGAUAUACUUAGCAGGAGCAGAAUCAGGGAAAAGAUGCACGCAAAACCGCGGCACUUUUACGGCGCGAGAUGUCUACAUCGAGCCCGUCGCGCGUCUUUCUUAUAAUUUUUGCACAUCUCAAUCUCAAAAGAGUAGACUUUUGGAAACCCAUCAGGAAUCGCCCCGGUGUGAGUACAUCUCGAGAGUGCGUCUUUCUUGUGAUUUACGUGGAGGGUAUACCUAUACGUCUCGAGAUAUAUACCGCAGGCGUAGAGUAUACAUAUAGCCCGCACAUCUUUCCCAUGAUUUACGUACAUCCAAAGCCGUAGGCGCGCCCUCCUGUUUAGCUCUUAGCAUAGUCUUGACCUAUCACAUACUACAUUGCUAUAGUAUAGUAUCUGUCUAGUUGCUAAUGUUAACCUAUGCCCAGUGCAGCGGGCCCUUGAUGGGCCCGCUUUCUGGGCAUGCGUGACCCAUAUUAGAAUCUAGCUCAUCUAAACUCUUUCAUUUUAAAUCCAUAAUAGCAAAAAUAUUGGAAUCGGGCGAAGAAGUAUAUAGUAGUCUUUCUAUCGAAAUAAAGAUGAAAAUAAAGAGCUGCGGUGCCUUUUUGUGCAAGCAGUGACUGUCUUGCUCUUGCUGAGCGCCUGACUGACCAUGACCAAGUAUGAUCUUGGAGCUGUUGGUCAAUAUGUUGUAACGGAGAAGUAGUAGGGACCUUUACCACCAGGAUCCUCGUCCGAUCAACAGAGAAGUAGAUGGAUGCAUUUUCCGAGCUCCAAUGAUUAUGCAGGCCGAAGUUGCAAAAGAAGAGCGCCUGAAGCAAAGCCUGGAAAAGACUCUCGCAGAGGAAGGGGAAAAUUACGGGCUGUGUCAUUCACUAGAGGGCGGCUUUUAACUCCUCUACUACAUAAUAGAGACAACUAAUACCUGUAGUUGUUAAUGCCCUUAGAUAGGUUAGUCCCUUCUAGGCAUGAGAAUCUGCAUCGUCGUAACACAUGCUACAUUAUUCAUAGAUAGUGCGUAGUUGUAGUAUGGUAUGAAGUAAAUGCAACAAAUCCAAGUCGUAAUCGAUUACUACAAGUACAUUAGUAAUGAGGCUGCGGAGCCUCGGACUUCCUUUGGUGAGGAGCAUCCAAGUGGAAUACUAGAAUACAGUAGAGGCUCUUGUUUCUUGAUGUUAAUGUAGAUCACCACCUGCCGCCGAUUCGCGAGCGCGCGGAUAUUAAAACUGGGCUCACUCUUAUUUCGGGCCUGUUGGCAUACAUAUUUAUCUUAUUUAGGGUACCCUACUACUACUUACCCCCAGAUUGGGCACACUACUACUCCUACUACUACCAGGGUUUUUUUAGGGUUCUACAUGAAUUCCAGGUUCAGAGACUUUACAGCUGGAAGAAGUUGCGACAAUCUUCUUGAGUCGUCUACGAAGCCCUUCUUCUGCGUUGCCUGGUCCUGUGUCGUGAUCCGUGAGAAAUAAAAACGGACCCGAGGGGAGGGCACUAACGACUGAAGACUUUAUCAUAGCAAGUCAUGCGUAUGCAUUUACAACAUUUCAGCCUUCACCUUCUACACUCUCUCUUUAGAAAGAGUUAUUAUGUAUGAUUUUACUACUUUGCGAUUACGGCUGAACUAGCCUGGCCUAGGUGGAGGUGUCAUACUCAUAUCGAAAUCUUUUACGUAGUCCCCCAGUAUUGAUGUCUACUGAGAUCGUGACUAGUUCUCUUCGGAGUAAUCCUAUUCUGACAGCAGUAAAAAGAAUACAUUGUGGCGAGGAAACAGAUGGGACAAGAAAAUAUAUAAUUUGUGCGAGGACCACACCGCUUGUGCGGAACAAUGUUGACCAGCAAGGUCAUGAAUAGAAGUGAGGGAGAUAACGGUAUCAAUUGCUUGAAGAACAGAGAUUCUCAGAAGAUGAGGAAAACUGAAGAAAUAAAGUUAACACAAGUCUCGAUUAGAUUCCAUCUAAAAAUAGGAGGCGCAGUUAAUGAAGGACAUUGCAACUCUCGAACGUCGUAGUUCCCCGAAAAAGCGACUGCAACACUCUGCACCUGCUAAGAAGAUACGAUAUUCGGGGCAGGUUUUGGGCGAUGAAGAGAAAGACGUCGAUGCAAUCGUGCGUGGAUGGAUACACGACUCCAAAGACACGAAUCCAGAGAACCCAAGACCUUACAUCGAUUUUGACCCGUGGCGGUUGAAUGCCGACCAACUCGGCUUAAGGCCAUCUAUUUCUUGUAUUGUUGUAACGACUGCAGGUCCUAUAGUUGGUCCUCGAGUCGUCCAUACAAUCGAUUAUACGACUGACAUAUAGAUAGUAAUAGAAAGAGCAUCAUCAUCAUCAUCAUCAUCAUCCUCGUCGUCGUUUUUGUUUGUUUGUAUAGAUGCGCUCCGGGCAACGCGUACGAUUUCGCCAGGUGAUGCUUUCUGGUUCAGAUAUAAUAUAAUUACUGAGGUGCUGCAGUUAGCAGACCGGAAAAGUAUCCAGGUGUAAAAUAUCAACAAAAUAAGAACAGUCAUACAGCCACCCAAUCCGCAAGUCAACCAAGCAAUCACGAACCAAUUGAGAGUCAAGCAACUACGGUGGUCGACGAUUACCACCUCAGCAUCGUCGUUGAGAAUGACAAUGAUGCUUGUGACAGAGACUGAUGAUAGCCUACGCCUGGGCGCACUAUGUUCCUCUCUGUCUUGGUCCGUGCUGCUCCUGUGGUCAACUGAAGUUGUCCACUCUUUUUGCUCUAAUGGAGACCGUCCUGGCAUGGAACCGACGCGUGUUCCCAUUUAUUUGAGGCUGACAAGCAAAAGAUGAACCUCCUGCCACCACGCGCAUCCCGUUGAAAUACUGUGCUGGUGGUGACUGGCAGAGUCUCGCGCUGUGCAGCUUCAUCGGAGUCCCAUACUGGAUCCAGUAUUUUAACGGGGUUGCUCGCUCUUUGCUGGUCAGGUUGCGGAAAGCUCUAAUCUAUUAGUCGGCUCGUUGCACCACUCCCCGUCCAGGAAAAGGAGAGAAAGGUUACGAACUGGGUUUCGCCUGCCACUGUUUGUCAAUGUCCUUUGCAUGGUGCCUAGUUGAUGUUGAUUACCUGCACUGGGAAUUUGUAGCUAGUUGUAGAAACUCUAGCUCCACUAGCUUUCCUCGAUGGAGAUGUAAAGCUUUGAUUUUCUUAGUUGGGCUCACUCUACUACCCUGGUGCUGGUGCAUAAUUGUAGAAACAAAAUCGUUAUGCUGGAUGGGUUCAGGUAUAAAAGUGCUGUACUGGCCUUUAAUAAGUAGCGUAUGGCAGAGAAUCGGUCUGAAGAAGAUAACCGAUCCGAAAAGGAUUGGGCGCUGCUAACGGCGAUCCUUCGCAAGAAUCCUGCUGAUGAAAAUUAUGGGUCCAUCUAAAAUCAAUGAUUAGUCUCCUCUUGCUCUUAGUGCAGCUGUAAGUUAUAUGUAUUGUAAGUGGUUGCCUCAGUCAGACUCACAUACUUUUUAUAUGUGAUAGGUUUUCAUAUACUAGCCUCCACAAGGAAUUCGUGGCUUUUCCCCUUAGCAUAGUAUGAGUCUGUGCUGCAGAUCUUGACUGGCUUUUGCCCGUAAAACGGCGAAGGUUUAGGUCCAGCGACGCUCAAAGCACUUAUGUAGGCGCUCCUCUUUAACUUUCUAUGUAAUUUUAGGCUGUCACUUCUUGGAAUAUAUACUAGCCUCCACAAGCUUCGCCCGGCUUCAAGUUUAGCACUUUUCUGCCUCCCACGGGCUACAGCCGCCAGAGUAGAGACAGCCCGCGGGUGGGCUGUUGCUCUCUGCGAAUUGACUACGACACGAGCCGGGUGCCGCUGCCUGCGCUGAUCGACUCAGAUGCGUCGACUCAUGAGCAGAGUUCUGCGCUGCCUUCCGUUUUUAUUUUUUGGGAUUGCCGGGGGGGUCAUGCAAAUUCCUAAGAAUUUGCAAGGCCCCCACGGCAGUCCAACAAAAAAACCAGAAAAGAGCCACCAGACACGCACAAGGGUCCGCAGGCUGCAACGCGCGCAAGCGCCUCGCGGUGGCACCAGGCAAGAACGCGGGGCGACCUUGACGGGCCAAAGAAGAAAAAGCAGCGCGUCCGCAUGGCCGCGCUGCUUGGGUCUGUCUGUCUGCGCGCCAACUACAGCUGGCGGGGCUCCUCUUUUGCUUCGUCGGGCGUCUUUCGUCAGAAGCAGAAGGCUGCACUUCGCGGGAGCAUGGGGCGCCGCUCUUCGGGGUGAGGGCGACGCCUCUCGUCUGGCUGACGUCUUUCGUGGGGCCUACGUCUUUCGCCAGGAUGGAGGCUGACGCCUUUCGCAAGACUGACGCCUUCCGCCAGGCCAGCGCCUUGCGUCGGGCUGAAGACGUGACGGCUUUCGUCGGGCACGCUGGUGCUCUUCCGCAGACGUCUUGGGCCCGUCAGACUGAGGGUGAGGCUUUACUCUCGUAGGGGCGACGUCUCUCGACGUCAGGCUGACGCCUUUCAUUCGUCAGACUGCAGCGCCUCGCUUGGCUGACAUCCUUCGCCGGACCAAGGCCGACGCCGUUGGUCAGGUUGAUGGCUUUCUUCAGCUUGGCGCUUUUCGUCUGACUGAUGCACUGACCAGGCGACGCCCCUCGCCAGGCCGGCGCACUACUUCGCCAGGCGUCUGUCUUGUGUCGGAGCAGGUUGCGCGGGGCCUUUCUUCGGGCUGCGGAUGUCUUUCGUCAGGCUGAAGCUUUUCACUCGUCGGGCUGACGUCUUUCGCCGGACUGACCUCUUUCGUCGGACUGACGUCCUUCGUCGAAGGUCUUCGCUAUCGUCAAGGACUAUGGGCCAAAGGAGCGCUCUUUCUUAUGAAUAUGAAGAAGGCACGCUCGUCAGAUGUCUACUGCCAUGGGCUUUAUCUUUUGCCGUGAUAGGUCUUCUCUUUCGUCAAAAGUCUCACCUUGCUCUCGUCGAAGGUUUUUCGUCAAAGGGCUUUGGAGUUUUGCCCAAGGUCACUGGUCUGAGGUCUUUUGUCCAGGGUCUUACUUUUGCCGAAGGUCUUUCGCCGCUGGUCUUUUGUCUGAGGUCUUCUCUCCAAGGUCUUUUGCCCAGGGCCUUUUGCCUGAGGUCUUUUGCCCCAGGUCGCCGCCUGUCAAAGGUUCUUCGCCAAAGGUCUUGCGUCCGUCAGAGGGGGAGGUCUUCGUCAAAUGUCUUCUGUCAAAUGUCUUCUGUCAAAUGUCAUCUGUCAAAUGUCUUCUGUCAGAUGUCUUCUGUCAGAUGUCUUCUGUCAAAUGUCAUCUGUCAAAUGUCUUCUGUCAGAUGUCUCCUGUCAAAUGUCUUCUGUCAAAUGUCUUCUGUCAAAUGUCUUCUGUCAAAUGUCUUCUGUCAAAUGUCUUCUGUCAAAUGUCUUCUGUCAAAUGUCUUCUGUCAGAUGUCUUCUGGCAAAUGUCUUCUGUCAAAUGUCUUGCGCCAGAGGUCUUUCGUGAGAAGUCUUUCGCCAGGGGUCUUCUGUCACCAGCGGUCCUCUGUCGCAAGUCUUUCGUCAGCAGGUCUUUGGCUGGGCGAAGGUCUUUCGUCAGAGGUCUGCUCCUUCAAAAGUGCGAACUUCUUCAGUGCUGUAGUGUCGACAAACGGGCGGCUACUUUUGUCGCAGGUCUUUUGUCAGGGGUCUUUUCUCAAAGGGCUUGCGUCGGAGGUCUUUCGUCGACUAUUUCUCUUCGGACUUCUCACUCUCCUCAGCUUGCGCGCCUAUCCUUGUCGGGCAUUUUUCUGGCCUCUUUUCUGGUAGUCUGCCACGGGGCCGCGCAGUAAUCUACAACAUGAAAACGGUCGGCGACUCCGUCGCGGGGUUUGAGACUGAGGGGAAGGGGCUGGAGGUUACGGGCAAUAGUCUCGCGGGGGAAGCUGGCUAACCUCUAGCGGGGUGGGCGGUGAUCAGUUGGGCGAUUGCCAUAGAUUACUUAACAACGCAGACUAAUGGCCUACGUUAUCGAUUUACGUGAGUGACUAGACUCACUCCAAUGACUUACGUCAUUAGUGGCUUACUUACAUUAAUGGCCUCCAAUACAUCUACACCGGUAACGCACUUGAAUAGGGUAGGGGUUGACCGUGUAGACUCCUAGCGUGGGUCGAUAGCGUAGACCAUUAACGAGGCGACGCAACCAGCCGGCCGGCUUCUCUGGGGCUGAUGACCUCGGACGAAGUCAGGCAAAAACGUUGCUGGGAGAAUUAUGCGGGGAGGAAGCGCGGCGCGUCUUGUCAGAACUUGCAGGCGGACACACUGCCAGCGUGGGCUUCCUCCGUUCCCUCGACGUCUCUCGGGCGGGCCUUGGGCGUGCCUUGCGGUCACUACAGGGGGAAGGACGCACUGCGCAGCGGGUUGCGCUUGCGGCGUCUGUUUUAGGUGCCGCGAGGUUCCAGCGCGUUGCACAGGGUGGCUCGCACGCCCCCCAGCGUGUGCCCGCCUUAUUUGUGAGGAUGCAGCUGGCUCCGGGCUCCAGUCCACCUGCGCCAGUGCUUGGGAGCGGGAAGAUAUGGCCGCGCGCUCUUCACUCUCUCGGACUCCGACGGACUCACUUCCGCCUUGGUGCCUCUACUUCGCCGCCGUUAUCCUUGACUUGGUUGCCUUCGAGCAACGUGCCCUCUGUGAGGCUGCACGAGUAGCAGUAGCGCCGCAGCCUUAGGCCGGCCCUUUGAGUGAGGCGGAGGCGCCACCUUCUGCCUUGGCCCAGAUGCCGCGCCUUUCCUUGUGUUGCGGCUAGUCGUAUCAGUCUCGACCAUACUAACGCCAGCGGGCUAAAACUAAUUGGGCCCCGCAGAAGGCUCUCGGGCUGCAUGAUGUUGGAAAGCCGCCAGGCUUCUUAGGGUAAUUAACUAACCGUCUAGCUCUAGAGCCUAAGAGCCAGUCUAGAGAUUUACAAUCUAGAGACUUGCUGGAAGUAUGUGAAGGCCUGUAACCGCAGACCAGAACCAGAAGGCUGCCACACCGUGGCAAGGUCUGCAAGACCAGUAGAAGACUUUGCUCAAGGCGUAACGUACGGAAGUCAAACGUCUCGGCCACCGCCAAGGCCGGAGAAAGACAGGCAAGGACAAGCAAACCGUAACCACUGUGAAGAGGAAGAAGGCUGGAAGGUUUAACACCACAAGGAUCGAACUCAGUCGAGCACAGUCACGGCGGUGCCCUCUCACGCACUGCACUCACGUCACCACUCCCACCUAAAGGAUCCAGGGCCAUCAAGAUGCUGGACGGUAUUGGCUGGCGUUCGGGCUCUUUGUAUUGAAGCAGACGGGUUGGAGCGAGACACUGGACGGCUUGCCCUUGAUUUUCAAGGUCUCAAGUACUGGCCAAGGCAGGCAUAGGGUGAACCUGCCAGAUCGAGCCUACCGGUUGAUGCUGCUGCUGCUGUCCUCCCCUUGCCACAGGCCUAGCUAGUUUAAACUUAAAUAUCUAAGUUAACUAGCUAGAUUCCUCCUUAAGCGUAGCUAAAAUCUAUUUUCAGUUGAUUUGAGAACGAGAAAGGUUUUCACUUCAAUACUUUGGCUCGUUGUUCUAUUGGUCAAGUGCUUUGAUUGACUCACACCAAGCCGCCAACUCGGGAAGUGGAACACCUUCAAGCUCAAGACCUCGCAGGUUGGUCGCUUCGAGCUGUCUCUGGCAAGGUUUAGCCUAUAGAAUAAAGAUGAGACAGAUAAGUAGACUGAUAAGAAACUUUUUGCAAUGUCUGACUGAGCACUGUCAGCUUAUAAUAAAAAUUAGCUACAUCCACCACGUGGCCUAAGCGUAAGCAGUAUGCUCUGUCUUUGAUUUAGGCCUCCUCGUCUCUGCUACUCCUUUUUCGGCGGAUGGUCAUCUCAGUGCCUCAGUCAUUCUUUCUCGACUACUGGAUUGACGAGUCUCGAGAUAAAAUUAAAAAAUAAAGAGGACGAAAAUGCAAAGACAAAUCUCUAACGCAUCGCGCUGGCAAGCGAUGCGUUCGUUGGGGAAUCCCUAAAAAACGCUGCAAUACUCUUGGAGUCAAAGUUUUUGGAAAAGGAUAAAGUGUCGAUCUCCAAAUGCUUCGCUGUGAAAGCAAAAGAGUUUAUGGUGAAGUUUGCGGCAGUAUUUUUUCUACGUAUAUUGCGUUUCAUCAAGAAUCACUGCCCCUGCCGCUCGUACCCGUAAGUGUAAGAAGAUGAACAAGAACUAUGCACUUCUACAAGUAAGCGUGGAACAAGGACUGUCACAUCCUUUCCUGGUGCUCGUAGCAAGUUAAUCGAGAAUUCAAAAAUUAUCACGCCUACAUGUUGUUCCGAUAGCGCGCUCUUAAGUAAUUGCAGCCAUGACACUCGCCGCACCACCAGAGUGAUUUGUCGGUAAGUCGCAUCCUUGUUUUCUGUGCACGACAUCUGCUUUUCACUAUUAUGAUUUCAAGUAAGAUAAUUCGUUCUCCUACCAGAACCUUUUUUACUUAAUACUGCAGGUGCAGACAUUAAUUACCAUAAAAAUUGUAAUUGUUGUUCUGAUCGUCGAUCUACUUUGUAUUCGUUCAUAUUUCUGUUCAGGCUCUUACUUACGAGUGAGACUGACAGCAAGGCCACGCUGGCUCAGAUUGCGGGCGUAUUAAGGGCUGACUUUUGGUGUUUCUGUUGCCGUUUGUUAUGCCUUUCCUAAAGGGGAAAUAAGACAUAACGAGCGGGGAACGCAAACACCAAGGCCCUACCUCUAAGCGUAGAAUUGGCUGGAGCUAGCGAGUUCGUGAGCAAGGAGUUCAAGGUAUGACAGGGAAAGUAAGCUUAUACUCACACUCAAAAAUCUAGCUCUAAGUAAAAAGUAGAUUGUCACGAGGAAGCAAGUGCUCCCUUUCUUGAGUAUGAACAGAAGCACACUUCAUCUUCCUUUCAUGGAAGGACAGAGCCGACAAAACAGACCCUGAAGUACCCGAGCAAGCUAAAGCUCUCUUCGACUACUGGAAGGGAAAAGCGGUCCCCUUCAUAUUUUCGGCGCGGAAGUUUAAUAGCCGGGUGUUUGCCAAUGCCUUAUCCGCUAAGAAGCGUUUCAGCCCAAAUCUAACUAACCGUAGUAAAGUUAUGCUCAGCUUUUAUUUUUUGUAUCCAUCUGCCUCGGCAUGAUCUUGAUCGCCUUUUCCCUUGUAUUUCCAUGAAAUACAAGGGGAAAGGGGGCGAGAUGAGGGGACUGCGAUGCAUCGAAGCCGCGUCUAAUAGAGUUGCUGCGGACUUCUUUUUCCUUUAUGCGUCAACUCGUCUGGUAGAAGGCAUCGUGAUAGGCCACAAGAACGGGGAGAAGAUCGACUGCAAAGAAUAGACGCAUAAUACUAGUAUAUAUGGAAGAGGUGGAACAAGAUAGCACUCAGCGCGCGACUCUCUGCUCCUCCUACAACAUACGCAGAGCCACAGCUACUGGGAGGUGGAACAAGACGCACUACUACAGCUCCAGCACCAAUGUCUAGGAGUGCAUGGAGGUAGGGGUGGCCAAGAACUUAGCUUACAAAAAGAAAUAUAUACAUUUCACUUACACUUUUCUCUAGCCCUACAACGUAGUUCUAGUUCACCAAUCUAAAAAAGAUGAAAAUCAAAAUGAGUAUGUCUCGACGAUGAUGUACUUAGUUGUCUGCAAACCACAACAAAAUUAUACAGCUAGCUCGUACUUUCUUCUCCGCAUCCGAUGAGGUUUUCUUCGUAUCAUUUCGUGAUCCUUUGUUAUGCGCUGAUUUUUUCGUGGCAUCAAGCAUGUUCGACAGUAGUUCUGCGAAAAGAAGGACAAUUCAUCAUGUCUAUAUCAUGAUUGAAAAAUCAUGAAGACUUUCACAUGCGUCUUCUGCUCUUUCUCGAAAGAAAUUCACUCGAUAAUUCUUGCAUUGGAAAUCAUUACUAACGGGCACGAGAAAUGGUGCAAAUUAUGACCACUGAGACGAGUCAGUGUUGUAAUGCUACAAGACACUCACGAGGAGGAAAGCGCAGGCAGGAGUUAUUUUCCUGUGUACACAAUCAGGCACCUUUCGCAAGGAUGCGGUUAGAUAUCAAAGCUGCUUCUUGUGCGAUCUUGGUCGAUACAAGAGGGCCGUCUAUGAUGAUGGAUUUGGAAUGUUUUGAUUGUCAGUCGCUCGUAGUUCAUUCAUGACCCUGAUUCUGAACCGUUUUAUCUUUGCUUCCCUUUCCUGUAGGUACAAGAACUAAGAACUAUUCUUCAAG